AUGUCAACCGACAGCGACGACGAAGACGAGCUCCUUCAGAUGGCGCUGAAGGAGCAAUCCCACCGGGAUCUCAAUUACCAGCGCCCGUCGUCCUCCAAUCAACGGAAGCCGGUCUCGAAUUUCGUCCAGGCUCCCAAAACCGCCGGGUCCGCGAGGCCGGCGGCCCCGACUCAUCGCCACCAGAAGAGCAGAGGUUCCACCCUGGACGACGACGAUGACUCCGAAGUCGAAAUGCUAAGCAUAUCGAGCGGUGACGAGGAAGUGAGCAAGGAUCGGCCGCCGGCCAAAGGGAGAGCCGGCGGCGGUGGAGCGGGAAGGGGAGGGAAAGACGACGACGGGUGGGAUGGCGGGGAGCCUGAUUGCUGGAAGCGAGUGGACGAGGCCGAGCUUGCACGAAGGGUUCGUGACAUGCGAGAGUCGAGAACAGCACCAGUAGCUCAAAAGUUCGAUCCAAAGCCCAUAGCAGCAAUGACUAAGAAGGGGCUCAAUUCUCUAUUGUCAUUGCCUCGUGGAAUGGAGUGUAUAGACCCAUUGGGGUUGGGGAUUAUAGACAACAGAACAUUAAGGUUGAUCACCGAUUCGUCAGUUAGCUCACCAUCAAAAGCUGAUAGAGAUAUAGAUAGUGAUCUUCGAGAGAAAUUGUUAUAUUUGUCUGAUAAGUUUGAUGCCAAGCUGUUCCUGUCACGGAUACAUCAACGCACCAGUGCAGCAGACUUGGAGGCUGGUGCCCUUGCUUUGAAGACUGAUCUAAAAGGGCGGACCCAGCAGAGGAAACAACUGGUGAAAAACAAUUUUGAUUGUUUUGUCUCUUGCAAAACUACAAUUGAUGAUAUCGAAUCAAAACUAAGACGGAUAGAAGAAGACCCUGAAGGUUCUGGGACUAAACAUCUGUACGAUUGCAUGCAAGGAGUCAAUUCACUGGCAGUUCGUGCAUUUGAACCUUUAUUUGAAAGACAGGCCCAAGCAGAGAAGAUCAGGUCUGUCCAAGGAAUGCUCCAGAGAUUCAGAACACUAUUUAACCUGCCUAGCAUGAUUCGCAGCAGCCUUAGCAAGGGUGAAUAUGAUUUGGCAGUUAGAGAGUAUAAGAAGGCGAAAUCGGUUGCCCUCCCCUCUCAUGUGAAGAUAUUGAAACGUGUUCUUGAAGAAGUUGAAAAAGUGAUGCAUGAGUUCAAGGGAACACUUUACAAGUCCAUGGAGGAUCCACAGAUAGAGUUAACAAAUCUCGAGAACACAGUGAGGCUGCUGGUGGAGCUAGAACCUGAGUCUGAUCCCGUGUGGCAUUACCUAUGUGUACAGAAUAACAGAAUUCGAGGUUUGCUUGAGAAAUGCUCAUUGGAUCAUGAAGCAAGGAUGGAUACAUUGUACAAUGAGAUGAAACGAAGAGCUCUGUUGGAUGCGAAGUGGAAACAAAUUCAAAAUGAAACUUCAGAUGUAGAUCCAGUAGAUCUGCAGUCGCUGGUUUUGCUUGGUGAAGAAGUUGAUUCUCUGAGGGGAAAGUAUAUCCGCAGGUUAACGGCUGUAAUCAUCCAUCACAUACCAGCUUUCUGGAAAAUAGCACUUUCUGUUUUCAGUGGGAAAUUUGCGAAGUCUUCCCAAGUUUCUGCUGAGUCGAAUCUCAGUGCAUCAAAUAAGGCUGAUGAAAAAGCUUUAGAUGUUAGGUGCUCGACUCAUUCUCUUGAUGAGGUUGCUGGAAUGAUACGCAGUACUCUAUCUGCAUAUGAAGCGAAGGUUCAUGGCGCAUUUCGUGACCUUGAGGAAUCAAAUAUUCUCUGUUCUUACAUGAGCGAUGCCAUAAAAGAAAUAUCUAAAGCCUGCAAAGCUUUUGAAGUGAAAGAAUCUGCUCCGCCUACCGCUGCACUGGCCCUCAAAACUCUUCAGGCUGAGAUUACAAAGAUAUACAUACUACGGCUUUGCACCUGGAUGCGGGCAACUACUGCAGAGAUGUCAAAAGAUGAAACAUGGACUACUGUAUCUAUCCUUGAAAGGAAUAAAUCGCCUUACACAAUCUCUUUCCUUCCUCUUGCAUUUCGCUCAGCUGUAGCAUCAGCAAUGGAUCAGAUCAAUCUGUUAGUUCAAUCUUUAAAGGGCGAGGCCGGGAAGUCGGAGGAUAUAUUUGCACAAGUUCAGGAGAUUCAAUUAUCCAUUAGACUUGCCUUCUUCAACUGCUUUCUGGACUUUGCAGGUCAUCUGGAACAUAUUGGAACUGAGCUAUUACAGAAUAAAUCAAACUUACAGAAUGGAUAUUCUCAUGACGUGGAAGAGAAAUUAUCAUCCAAUUCCACAGGAGCUGUUAAUGCCCAUCAAAAGUUGCUGAUUGUGUUGAGUAAUAUUGGAUACUGCAAAGACGAACUGUCACACGAGCUUUUCAAGAAGUACAAGUGUGUAUGGUUGCAAUCUAGAGAAAGUGAUGAAGAUGACAUUGACAUACAGGAUCUCGUGACGUCUUUCUCUGGUCUUGAAGAGAAGGUCCUUGAACAUUAUACUUUUGCAAAGGCAAAUUUGAUAAGGACAUCAGCUAUGAACUAUUUGCUGAACACUGGGAUCCAAUGGGGAGCAGCUCCUGCUGUCAAAGGCGUUCGUGAUGCAGCUGUGGAAUUGUUGCACACUCUGGUCUCGGUGCAUGCUGAGGUGUUUGCUGGUGCAAAGCCCCUCUUGGACAGGACACUUGGCAUUCUCGUGGAGGGUCUGAUUGAUACUUUUCUUAGCCUUUUUCACGAAAAUGAAGAUGGUGAAUUUAGGUCGCUAGAUGCGAAUGGUUUUUGUCAGCUGAUGAUUGAGCUCGAAUAUUUUGAGACCGUAUUGAACCCAUAUUUCACACCUGCUGCAAGAGAGUCGCUGAAGUCCUUGCAAGGAGUGCUGUUGGAGAAAGCCACCGAGAAUGUCUCUGAAGUUGCCGAGAAUCCAGGCCACCAACGUCGGUCAACUCGUGGGAGCGAGGAUGCAGCUUCGGACGACAGGCAGCAGGGCGGAAUGACUGUAUCUCCAGAUGACCUGAUCGCUCUUGCUCAGCAAUGCAGCGCAGAGUUGCUGCAAGACGAGCUGGAGAGAACUCGCAUCAACACAGCAUGCUUCAUCGAGUCAGUUCCCUUGGACACGAUGCCAGAUAAAGACGCAUUUGACUUGAGAGGGUCAGAGGAUUCUCCGACCCAAUACUACCAAGAGUCGGCGCCCAAGCCGUUAGUUCCAGCUCCUCCUGGAUACUCAGUUCCAGCUCCUCCUGGAUACUCCUCCAGAGGCAAGCGCCGAUGA